AUGGGGCUACCCACUACGUUGACAUUCCUUGUGAUACACUUGUGUAGGAGAUUAGAAUUACCUCAUGAGAUGUUGGCCAAAUUAACAUCGCUCGGGCAUUUGUCGAUAAUGAAUAGCUGUGAUUCAAUGAGGUCCUUCCCGUUGGGCAUUUUUCCCAAAUUGACGUCGCUUUUCCUUUGGGAUUGUAAGAAUCUGGAAUCCCUUUCCUUGAUUGAAGAAGAAGGAGUUGAUGAGAAUCUCAGUCGUCUCAGUAUCUUACACUGUCCAAAUCUGGUGUGUUUUCCCCAGGGAGGAUUGCCCACUCCCAACCUGACUGAAUUGGAAUUCAUCAGUUGCGAGAAGUUGAAGUCAUUACCUAAACGCAUUCACACCCUCACAGCCCUUCGGGGAUUGACGAUGGAUGAUCUUCCAAAUCUGGAGUCAAUUGCAGAAGAUGGGGGUUUGCCUCCCAACCUGAGUGAAUUGGAAUUCAUUAGUUGCAAGAAGUUGAAAAGAGGGGGUUUGCCUCCCAACCUCCGACAUUUUAGCAUUAAGAAUUGUGAGGGACUGAGGGCUCCAUCUUCAUCAGUGGGAGACUACUGUAAGUGGGGUUUGCAAUCCCUUGAAAAAUUUGAAAUUGGUGGCAGGGGAAGUGACGAAAUCUUGGAGACGUUGCUCAAGCAACAGCUGCUCCCUACCACUCUUCAACUCCUCAAGAUCAGUGAACUUUCAAGUCUGAAAUAUUUGGACGCAAAGGGACUUAAACACCUCACUUCUCUUUCUUUUCUGAGCAUCUCGAAUUGUCCUGCCCUGGAAAAAAGGACAGCAUACCUUCUCGUAGAGAGCUUUUCAUUUGCAAGGUUUCUUUGCAUGCCAUUUCCAGAUGAGGGGGGAAGUGACAAUAUCUUGGAGACGUGCUGCUCCCUACCACUCUUCACACUCAGCGCAUCAACCAAAUUACAAGUCCGAAAUCUUUGGAGAGAAAGGGACACCUCACUUCUCUUCAACACCUACGAAUGGAAAGCUGUCCUAGUCUCGAAUUUCUGCAACUUCAACACCUCACUUCUCUUCAAAGGCUAUAUAUUAGUUGGGGUGACAAUCUCCAAUUCAUGCCAAAAGAGGGUUUGCAGCCAUCUCUUUCUUUACUGCAGAUCUACAAAUGUUCUGGCCUGGAGAAAAGAACACUACUUUGUCAACUUUGUUGGCUCAGCUUCCAACUGGGGGCCCACCGCCAUCACUCUCUCUCUCUCACAUCCCCUGACAGCAUACCAUGGAGAGCUUUACAUUUGCAAGGUUUCUUUACGUGGCAUUCCCAGAGCAGGGUUCACCAUUGUAUAUGGCCUUUUGUUUUUCUGCAAAAACAAUUGUCACAGCAAGGAGAAACAGAAAGGCCCACCUGGAAUAUCUCAAUUUGACGCAUUUCUGCAAACAGGCAUCGAAUGUGACAUGGCAGAAAACUCACAUUCGUACUUCCGUCCCAAUUGGCAUGCCGCCUCAUCUUCUUUAUACUGUUACCAGCUUGAAGCUUUUGUAGAUAUGUUAGGCUCUUGUAGUUCUGAGUGCUUGACAAAUUGA